AUGGCUGAUGCCGUGGCGGAGCUGAACAGCGAGCUGGAGGGCCUGCAAGGGCAGCCGGUCUUUCGGCUGAGCAGCUGUGUGGUGCUGGACGUGACGGAGUCCGUCCAGACUUACACGGACGAGGAGAGAGGUGUCCUGGACAACUGCCGUGGCUUCUACUACUGGACGGGCCUCAACUACAACCAGGAGCACGUGUACAAGUUGGCGGACACCUCCCUCUCCGUGCUGCUGUGGUUCAGCCGUCGCUUCGCUUGCUGGUUUUUGGCCUCCAAGGUGGUGGGCGAGGGCGACCCGGAGGACUGGAAGGACUGCACGGUGUGGGCCCGGGUGCAGGCAAAACACCAGUUCUUUGAGAACUCGGGCUACAUCGUGCCGGACACGAUCCAUGAGAUCAAGGGCCUCAAGAGGCAGCUGGCGGAGUUGCAGAUGCUGAAGCAGGCCGAGAAGAAGCCGAAGGCUCAGCCUCAGCAGCCACCGGCUCAGCAGCCAGUGGCUUACAGACGGGCGGCAUGGGAGGGCCAGCAGGCUACUGUAAAGGCCAUGGGCCCUCGGCCUUUUGCAGACGACGGCAGUGUGAAGGAGCCAGCAGCUGAGCCCGUCGCCAAGGAGGAGCCNNAGGAGCCGCCGGCUGAGCCGAAGUCGCCGCCGAACAAGAUGGGCCGGGCGAGCUGCUGGUCUGAGUCCCACGGGGACGUGUCCAGCUACCUGAAGUCGGG